UUACCUGGUUCUACAAUGAUCAACACAAGUCCUAUCUUGUGAAUAUUAACUAUUGAAUUUCUGUUAGACAUUUGGAAGAACCGUACAUAAACAUUUCAAUAACAUUGCAACAAAGCCUAACUGGAUAACUCAAAUUAUAAAAAUUCUCCUCUGUAUUUCAGUCUUGGAUAACCGUACAUAAUUUGGUACUGGACCAUAUUAAAGCUCAAAAUGGGGACUUAGUUCCUAAAGGUGGUGUGUGCAGCCGAUUGAUGAUACAAGCUGCAAUGCAACGGCGUCGUCAGCCUAGUAACGAGCAGUCGAGCACAAGUGUGCGAGAUUUAUUAAGAUGGCUUUGUAAGGCUUCCUUUGACGGCAUGUUCAGACAGGCGAGAGAAGAUCCAUGGCAACAACUUCUGCCUGUAGACCAUUUAAAUUCAUACCUACUCCAGACGAAAAGCGGAAGUCAUGCAGAGAUUUUAACUGUCCAUGUGCGCAGAAAUGUGUCAAAUAUUGGAGAGGCAAGGCGGGCAAACCUUCAUGUAAAGUCUAAUAUUCAGCAUUUGGUGUUGAGCUGGGAGAAGCAAUGAAGAUGAAAGGGGAGACGGAGAAUAUAAGGAUGAGGAUGUGAUGAAAGGAUUGGAAGCUCAUCCAAAUUUAAAAGAAUUGACUGUUAAAGGCUUUUUGGGGAAAAAUCUUGCAUCAUGGAUUACAAAGAUGAACAACUUGGUCAAAAUCACCUUGAAAGGUUGCAACAGGUUUGAAGUACUUCUACCACUUCCUAAAAUUGAGUUUGGAAAUCAAGAACUGUCCGAGCUUGAGAAAGAUCCCAGAUAGUUGUUGUCCAUCUUGAAGGAAGCUAUCACUGGAAAUAUGGAGAGCACCAUGAUACUAGAAACUAUCAGCAAAAAUGCUAGCUCGCUCAUGACUCUAAAGCUGGGAGAAGAAUAUUUUGCAAGAAUUCAUAUGACCGGGAGGGAAAGAUGUUUUUAUCAUUUCAUUCUCUAGCCUUGAUAAUUGCAGAAACUGUUAUAGCCCAAAUUACAUUUUUAUCUUCCCACCGGCCACCAAAUAUAUCUCAAGAAUGAUACCAGUAUUACAAGGAAAGCUGGGCGAGGCUAUUGUAGCUGAUUUGGCUAGCGGAUUGCUGGGCAAGCUUGUUUCACUUGCAGCAGAAGAAGUUGUCCAGGCCUGGAAUUUUCAUGAAGAUCUCAACACACUCCACCAGCGCCUGGAAUCAGUUGGAGCUCUCCUGUACGAUGCUCAUACCAAGAAUUUAAUCAUGUCUACUGCCAAAAACUGGUUUGACAAACUUGAAGCUGUUGCCUAUGUUGCUAAUGUUUUUAUGGAUGAACUUGCAUAUGAAGUCACUCGAAGAAAAGCGGAGAAUCGCCAUAAGGCACUGGACUUCUUCAUUCCUUCCAAAAAUACCUUACUGUAUCGUCUCAAGGUGGCUCGUAAAAUCAAGUCCAUUCAAUCUUCCUUUAAUGAAAUUUUCAAAUUGGCGGUAGACCUGGGACUACAGCCUGUAGCAUAUUUAGGGUCAACGGUGCAAGAUAGAGACAUCCGCACCACCCAUUCCUAUGAAGACAAGUCAAAUAUAGUUGGAAGAGAUAAAGAUGUAUCGUACCUAGUUCAAACAGUGUGCAAAAAACAUGAAGAGGAUUUACAAGUCUUUGUUGUAGCGGGAAUGGGAGGUCAAGGAAAAACAACUCUUGCUCGUAUGGUUUUUAAUAGUAAUGAUACCAUUCAUAAUUUCUCAAAGAGGAUGUGGGUCACUGUAUCGGAUGAUUUUGAUUACAUCAAGAUUUUAAAUGAAAUGAUAGAAUCACUUACUUCAACGAACUUGGGAUUGAAAAAUCCGCAAGGACUUACCAAUGAGCUUCAAAAGAGUUUAAAGGAGAAAAGGUUCAUACUCAUACUAGAUGAUGUCUGGAAUGAAGAAUCGGUGAAGUGGGAUAACCUGAGAAAUUCUUUGCUUGAAAUUGGUGGUGGCAAAGGAAGCUGUAUUCUGGUUACCACCCGUAAACAGGAAGUCAUUGAUGCCAUGAGAAGUUGUGUAUAUUAUUGGCUGGAAAAAUUGUCACCAGAUGAAAGUUAUGAACUGUUCAAGAAAAUAGCAUUUUCAGAUGGAGGAGUUUUAGAGACCGCGGCAUUUGCGACCUUGGGGAGAAGCAUGGUGAAAAGGUGUGGUGGCCUACCUCUGGCAAUAAAAGCAUUGGCAGGGUUAUUAUACUCGAAGAGGUCUGAGCAAGAAUGGUUGGAGAUCCAAAGCAGUGAAACAUGGCAAUCAAAAAGUGUAUUGCCUUCCUUGAAGUUAUCAUAUGAUAAUUUACCUUCUUUGUCAUUGAAACAAUGUUUUGCAUAUUGCUCUACUAUGCCAAAAGAUUCAGUCAUUUAUAAGGAUGAACUGAUACAGAUAUGGAUGGCGUUAGGGUUCCUCCAGCCCCCAAGAAGAAGUAAUGCACUGAUGGAAGAUAUUGGUAGCGAAUACUUCAAAAUUCUGUUGUGGAAUUCUUUGUUACUAGACGAAGAAAAGGAUAAAUUUGGGAACAUCAUCAGUUUCAAGAUGCAUGAUCUAGUGCAUGAUCUUGCACUAGAAGUAUCUAAACAUAACUCGAUAACUGUGAAGGCAGGUGAAGAGCUGAGUCAUGAUUGCAAGGCUGUAUACAUGAGGCUUGAUGACGGGGUUUCAAAUAUCAAACCAACAAUUCUGAAGAGAGCCUUUGAGAGAGUACAAGUAUUAUAUGCAGGGCCAGAUAUCCUUCUUCAUGUGUUACCUUAUCUCACACACCUGACAGUUCUGGUGUUAGAUGCGGAUAAUCAAGUUGUCACCCAUGAGUUGCCAUUUUCGCUACGCAAGAUGAAAUAUCUUAAAAAUCUCGAUAUUUCACACUACGACUGUAGAUUGCCUACUGACAUCACAGAACUGUACAACUUGCAAACACUGAGAGUUAGAGACCUAUAUGAGGUUCCAAAAGGGUUUAGCAACUUGAUUAAUCUGAGACAUUUGUACAUUAGCAGGAAAUAUAGGAGAGAAUGCAUAUUUAAUGGGAUAGAAAGGUUGACUAGUCUGCAAACGCUUCCUUACUUUGUUGUGAGGAAAGAUCAAAACUGUCUCGUUGGACAACUGGGAGGGUUGAAAAAUCUUAGAGGUAAGGUUAGACUCUAUGGCCUUCACGAGGUGGCAAAUAUCGAAGAAGCAAGAAAAGCAAAGCUUCGUGAGAAGUCCUGUAUUCAGCGUUUAUGGUUGAACUGGAGGAAUACUGAAUUUGGUCACCAAGACAGUGAGUACAUCGAUGAGGAAAUGGAAGACAAAGAACACGACGACCAGGAUGUUAUGGAAGGAUUGGAACCUCACCCAAAUCUGAAAACAUUGACGAUUGUUGGUUUUAGUGGAAAGAAGUUUGCAUCUUGGAUUACAAUGAUGCUGAACUUGGUGAAAAUCACAUUGAGACACUGCAACCGAUGUGAAGUACUUCCACCACUUGGUCACCUUCCCAAAUUGAGGGAGAUAACGAUUAAAGGGAUGGAAAAUGUUAGGGUUGAGGGAGAUGAUUUUUGUGUAUUUCCUAAACAACUUGAGAGGUUGAAUAUUGAGAAUUGUCCAAGGUUGACAAAGAUACUGCCUAGAUAUUAUCCGUCACUGAAACAACUUUGCUUUCGGCAAUUGCCAAAUCUAGAAGAAUGGGAAGCAGCAGGUGUAAGUACAGGGGCUAGUUCUCAAAGUAAAUUUCCUCAACUUGAGAGUUUGGAAAUUGAGAACUGUCCAAGGUUGAGAAAGAUACUGCCUAGUUAUUUUCCAUCAUUGAAACAACUCUGCUUUCGGCAACUGCCAAAUCUAGAAGAAUGGGAAGCAGCAGUUAUAAGUACAGGGGCUAGUUCUCAAAGUGAAUUUCCUAAACUUGAGAGUUUGGAAAUUGAGAGCUGUCCAAGGUUGACAAAGAUACUGGCUAGUUGUUUUCCAUCAUUGAAACAACUUUUCUUUAGGUAUUUGCCAAAUCUAGAAGAAUGGGAAGCAGCAGUUAUAAGUACAGGGGUUAGUUCUCAGAGUGGAUUUCUUAAACUUGAGAGUUUGGAAAUUUUAGAAUGUCCAAGGUUGAGAAAGAUCCCGAAAAGUUAUUUUCCGUCCUUAAAGAAGUUGGAUAUCGAUAGUUGGAGAGUGAUAUGAUGUUGGAAACUAUUAGCAGAGAUGUCAGCUCACUAACCUAUCUAUCGCUUACGAGUAUUGGUGAUGGAGGAGGAGACUCAUCUUCUUUAUCUUCGUUUUCGAACAUGGAAUCCAUGAUUAACAAUUCUCUGUCUUUGACCAAAUUAUGGCUAAUUGACUGCAUGGGCUUAAAAUGUCUGACCCUUGGUAGCUAUCCUGAAUCCUUAACGAUCUAUAAUUGCCCGCAUCUAACUAGUAUAAAAUUAGCUGAAGGAAAUUCAGAGUUCCAGACUUGAAUAUCUGGUUUUAGGUCCCUUCUCAAAUGAAUUGGAUUAUAUUCCAUGGCCAUUCUCUUCUUCUUCUAACCUAAUUCAGCUGGACCUGUAUGGGUGGAAAAACGUCAAGUCAUUAGCGCUCUUUGAGCAACCCCUGUUCACCACCGCCUACCCUGCCUUGACUCGCUUAACUUUAGGUCCUUUCCCAGGAGUGAAAGCUCUUCCAGAUUCAAUAGCAGAACUUCCAUCUCUCCAGGAUUUAAGCAUCGGUUGUUGGACGAAUUUGGAGAGUUUGCCUGUAUUCAAAGAAUCACAUACCCUUCAAACACUGCAUAUAACUGAGUGUCCUGUUUUGAAACAAAGAUGCAGGAAGGGUCGAGGGCCAGAAUGGUUCAAAAUUCAAUACGUUCCAAGUAUAAUUUGGGAUCGUGAGGAGUGGCAGUGAACUUUUUAGCUUGGUGAUUGUCUCUACUCCAUCUUCCCUGCUUUGACUGGUUUGUAUGUAGUAAAUUUUAAGAAGAGAAUUCUGAGAAUUUCGAGAGUUUGCCCAUGUUUGAGAACAACGGGAAUUUGCCAAAUCUGAAAGAAUGAUACACAGAAGAGAGAAUGGUCCAAGAUUCAACAUAUUCCAGAUGUUACUUGUGUAAACUUGCAUAUCUGAAUUAUCACCUCACCCUCUGUUUGUCACUAUUUUCCAUGUUGCUUUGAGUUCAAAUAUUAAGAUUGUUUCGAGCAACUAAGGUGAUGGCCUGAUGAAUAAAUCAGAUAAUAUAUAGUGCAUCUUAGAGACGUGCUUGUUGUAAUAGUAACUGGAACAGCUAUUUAUGAAUGCACUGCUUGUCAUCAUCCUGUUUGUUGAUGUACAUGUUACUUUUCCGGGGAA